AUGAUGAAUAUUGCAUAUCAAAGAGAUAGAGAGCCAAUAGAAAGGUUUGAUUGUAACCGCAAUCUUAAUAUUACAAUUAUUACUGCAAUAUUUCGUAAACGUCCUGAAAGAUUCAAUAAUAAUCCUAAUUUGACUGAAAACAAGUUCAUUCAUGGUGGUUGA